AAGAAGAAGAAGAAUCAGUCACUAAUCUAUUUUUGAUGUUGAUUUGUUGAUGCUUGAUUUUGAUUACUUGAUAUUUUUGAUGCUGAUGUGAUAAAAACACAUCAAGCUUUUUAUUGUAGUGUUUGUAAUUGGAUAUCUGUGAAAACUAAUUGUGAAAUAAUCGAAUAUUUUCAUUGAAAUGUCGCUUAGAACAUAUGGUGAUAAACCUAUAAGCUUUCAGCUGGAAGAAAAUGGAGAAUAUUACUGUGUUGGUUCGGAGGUGGGAAAUUACCUUCGCCUCUUCAGAGGUUCCCUUUACAAAAAGUACCCUGGCAUGUUCAGGAGAUCUAUUACCAAUGAGGAAAGGAGACGGUUGAUAGAACUGGGCUUGAGUCAACAUGUUUUGGCUAGUAGUGUGUCACUGCUUAGGACUACAGAAGUAGAAGAUAUCAUUGAGGGUAAUGAUGAGAAAUAUAAAGCAGUUUCUGUUCAUACUUCUGAGCCACCUGCACCUAGAGAAGGGAAAUCAAAGAAAAACAUGCAAUGGGUGCCAUCAUUGCCCAAUUCCAGUCAUUUAGAUGCUGUUCCUCAAGCAACUGCUAUCAACAGAAAUAGAGUUGCUGCCAAAAAGGUCAGGACUUUUCCCUUGUGUUUUGAUGACACAGAUCCACAACUGAAUAUUGAAAAUGGAUGCCAAUCAGAAGUGUUAGUGCCCAUAAGACUGGACAUGGAAAUUGAAGGGCAGAAACUCAGAGACACUUUCACCUGGAAUAAAAAUGAAAGUCUGAUAUCUCCUGAACAGUUUGCUGAAGUCCUUUGUGAUGAUUUAGAUUUGAAUCCUGUGACAUUUGUACCAGCCAUUUCUCAGGCAAUUCGACAGCAACUGGAUGCUUUUCCAGCAGAUACUCCUAGUAUUAUUGAAGAAUCUUGUGACCAGAGAGUCAUAAUCAAGCUGAAUAUUCAUGUUGGAAAUACAUCUUUGGUUGAUCAGGUGGAGUGGGACAUGAGCGAAAAACAAAACAACGCCGAAGAGUUCGCCGUCAAACUAUGCUCGGAACUGGGUCUGGGCGGCGAAUUCGUCACCGCCAUAGCCUACUCGAUCAGGGGCCAGCUGUCGUGGCACCAGCGCACGUACGCCUUCAGCGAAGCCCCGCUGCCCAUCGUGGAGGUGCCCUUCAGGACGCCCGGCGAGUCUGACCAAUGGGCGCCAUUCCUCGAGACGCUGACCGAUGCCGAGAUGGAGAAGAAGAUUAGAGACCAGGACAGGAACACGAGAAGGAUCAGGCGGCUGGCGAAUACUACUCCAGGGUGUUUAAUCUCGACAAUGAAGACUACAACGAAAAUGAUUUGAGAAAAAAACGGACGAUAACUUUAAGCCAGUGUCAUUUGAUAUAUAUUUGUAUUUUGUAUUUCUCGAUUAAUUAGAAUUUCAAGUGAAUCUGUAAUCACUAUUGUCUGCUGCAUUGAAUAAAUAUGUCUUCAAGUUCAGUGUUG